AUGAAUGCUCGUUCGCCGGCUGGCGGUGGGUCGGCGGCUGGCGGUGGGUCGGGAGCCUGUACGUUAGCUCCCGUCUCAGACCUGGGGGCGGCGGAAGCUGCUUCUGCGCCAAUUUGUGAACAAUCUGCUUUAAAGACGGAUGACAAGGCGGAUAACCUAGAGAGCAGUCCGGCAUCCGGUCCUGGGAACGUUUCGCCCCCCGUAUCCGGCAGUAGCAACCAACACGUCAGGCGAAGGAAGAUCUGGUUCGUUGUCCUAACUGCGGAGAUUACGAGGCAAUACGGCCAACAAUUUCUCCAACCGUUCUUAGCCAAGAUUGCUAAAGUUGAGGACUAUUCGGACAAAUACUUUCUCGUUAAGGCGCUCGUAAUUCUCCAGGAGGGGAACGUGUUUGAUGCGCAGCGGGAAAUACGCGACAUGUUAACGAAGUUGUUGGAUAGGAGCAGCAAUCUGCAUACGUACGUGAGUUUACGGAAGCGUGGACAGUCUGUAUCACAUUUGUGUCCGCAUCAGUGGGAGGAGACGGAAGUGUUUUGGUUGUUAUCGGAUUUGCUAGCAGCUCAUGGUAGCGAGUUAUUAGGUGCUGAAUGGCGUGGUUUAGCUGAUGAGUUGCCGGAUCAUAAUAUGCCUUCAGAAGCGUCGAUAGAUUUGGCUGGCAUUGAGAUUUUCUUUUCGACUUCUUUUCAGGAAUCGAUUCGAUCUUUAUUUAUGAAGUUCGUUAAGCAGCGUGCGAUCAUAUCAAUUCUUAUCGUGUCAGAGUUGUUGAUGCAAGUUACUGAAGAGCUACAUGUUAGUCGCGUAUCAAAAGUAGGUGGUGAUAAUGAGUUAGCAAUUAAACUUACAGCUAUUCUUAACUUCUCAUAUCGACUUUCAAAAGUUGUCCUCUAUCUCAUUACAGGUCUUAACCUACUAUCGAAACCACUAGCACUCGAUCAAUUACACAUCAAUAAACUUGUCAUACUCAUGGGAGUCCUUCGAAACAACCGAUAUAACAGUUCAGCAGACCAAGACGACUCACUUUUAUCCGCUCUGGACCCUGAUAUUCUACUCCGUAACAACAACCCUGACCGUACCUCUGCGAACCAAGACGGUGCCUCUACGAACCAAGACCGUACCUCUGCGAACCAAGACGGUGCCUCUGCGAACCAAGACCGUACCUCUGCGAACCAAGACCGUACCUCUGCGAACCAAGACCGUACCUCUUCGAACCAAGACCGUACCUCUGCGAACCAAGAUGGUAGACACCAAGAUGGUAGACACCAAGAUGAUACAGACCAAGGUGACCUUGACCAUGGCGCUGAAGACAAUACUGGUAAUGACGACGGUGUUGGCGCAAAGGAAAAAGACGUCAACGAUGACGACGACCGUAACGGAAGUUGUUAUCAGCUCGGGAGCACUGCGCAUGAGGUCGGCGCCACUGCAACUGAGGUGGGCCCCACCGCUGCCGACGCCCGACAGUGGUUGACCGGGGCUUCACUGGUGCAGGAGAUGAGUGGUUUGGUACCGCGUUUGUUCCAGGAAGAGUUUCCGUUGUUGUUUCCACAUCUGCAACAGCUAUUGGAGGAGCUACGCUCACACUCGACAGUCGGCAUUAUGCGCCUUAAUACAGGACCCGGAGGCGUCUCCGCGGUUCUGGACUCUGCGGGUGAGGGUAAAGUGCCUGUGGACGUGGAGGUGAAAUGGAAGGACGAGAUUGAGCGUGGCUUUUACGAGAGCUUUCCCGACUUAAGAAACUUGAUGCCGAGUCUGCUGCAGCAGGAACCAGAGCUGGAGCUUGAUCGCAAUCCACUGGGCCCGCUGCAGUCAGGUUCGACUCUGCUGCAGUCAGGUCCAGGUUCAGGACUGCAAUCAGGGUCGCUGCAGGCAGGGUCACUGCAGGCAGGGUCGCUGCAGGCAGGGUCGCUGCAGGCGGGGUCGCUGCAGCCAAGUCCAUUGCAGACAGGUCCGGGUUCAGUGCAGCCAGGUCUGUUGCUGGACGGAGGUCCAUUGGAGGCGGGCCUGUUGGAGACGAAUGGCUUGGAGUCAGGAGCGUUGGAGACAGUGGGUGGCCGGAGCGAGUCAGGAGGGCGUAGUGAGUCGGCGUUUAAUGGGAGCACGACCUUUGACGUGUUUCUGAAUGACUUUCUGCGAUUUGCGCGAGGGUGUGGGUAUAUCGACGGGGCUACGGCACAUGGUGUGGACGAAUACGUGCGUACUUACUUUCUGAAGUUGUUGGAUACACGGACGAAUCGGCGGAAGAUGGCGAAGGCAUUUGUGGGAGUAUGGGAGCCGAGUUUAAUGCCUUUAGUGUUGCGUUUCGCAGCGGUAGUGGAUGCGUCGACCGAGGGUUCGAGUCGCGUUAUGCGCGCAAUGGCGGAAUUUGCUCGAAACGAGUUCUAUUCCGCUUUGAAAGGUAAUAAACUCGAGCAGAAAUUGAGGUGGUCACAAUUUCUAAGCGAAUUGUGCAAGUUCCGAGCAGUUGCAGUGGGCGACAUGCUGGACAUUCUUUGCCACAUCGCACAAGUGAGUGUCUUCAGCGUUCCCGCCCAUGCCGAGGUUCUUUCGUGCAUCCUCGAGAAUUGUGGUCGAUUCCUCGCAGGUACUUACGGCGCAGAUGUACGUCUUGCGAACAUACUCAAAACCCUAGAACGAUUACGCGCACACACCAAAUCUAUACCACCACGUGUCGAGGUCUUCCUCGAAGACCAGCUUCAAAUUCUCAACGCUGCCUGCCUAAGAAUGCGCGGCCAAUCUACACCACUCUGGGACAGACUUAUCAACAAAAGGGAACUCGCUCCCCCUCAACUACUCUAUCUCAGACAUCUUAUCAAUAACAUUGCUGCUCAAGGACUCUGGAAAAAUCCAAAUCAAUCUACCACUCACAAUACCGCCCAAGGCGGUACCCGCUCCGAUUCCGGUUGCAACAAAAUACCUUCCGCUGGUGCUAGUCAGCAAGUAACCUGUCGGUUACCGAUUUCGACUUGUGAGCCCCAACCUACCAUUCUUUUUACCGAGUUGGUGCGGCGUCUGGAGACGCUGGAGCUAACCAGCCACUCUGUCCUGGGCGAGUUUAUGACCUGUUCUUUGGACCCGAACAAUUACAGUACGAACAACGAUUAUAUGGUGGAAUUCCUGUCGCUUUGGUCGUCACGAGUGGAAGGCGGUAAUUUGUUUGUAGAGGCGUGCGUUGAUGAAUUAAUUUACCGAAUGCUCUACCGUCACGACCGUAACAAACAGAGCCGGUUGAUGGAAGCGCAUAUCCUGGCUAAGUUCGUCAACUGGCGAUUGGUGGACACUACCGUCGCCCUUGAUGUGGCCUAUUUCCUCAUGGGCUUCGCUCGUACGCCUUUGGCCAGCUCGCACUUCAAGACCAUCUUUGACGCUGUCGCUGACGCGGCUUCCGCCGACAGGGCGGUAGAUGGCGCCCGCGCCGGCGCCGGCGCCGGGACACUCCCGGUCCCGGCGGGACAUGGCCCAGCUGGGGCCAUCUCGGAGGCGCCGUUUGACGUGGUCUCCAGACUGUACCGGUCUCCUGCUCGUCGAGCGCAGGUGUUGACACAGCGUGAGUUCCAAGUGGAGUUCGAGACGUGUCAGUUUGAAACGACGACAUGUCCCAUCAAAAACGCACUAGCUGAGUUGCUAUACCGACGCAAGCUUAACCGUUUCGUCUGUAGUGCGGCUGGAGCUAACCUACGACAUCCGAACAGCAACGUGGAGCCGAGUACGGCAGCAUUGCCGGGUAGUAGUUGGCUGAACCGAUGUAGUACGGCAACGACAUCGAUGACCACCUUCGAAGAUGAGGAGCUAUAUCGUUACAAACUCGUGAUUACAAUACUACGACAUUGUGGUCCAAAUAUCGUGCGACGCGUCUACCGAUCGCGAUUGACCUUCAUUCUUGACCUACUGUACUAUUGCGUUACGUUCGCCGUACAACAACGUGGAUGGCUGAGCAGUCACCUGAAACUCGACUACGAUGAACUAGUUACCUUCCUUAGCUACAGUCCCGCUCCUGCGUCUUCGCCCGCUCCCGCGUCUUCGCCCGCCCCCGCUUCUUCUCCCGCCCCCGCUUCUUCGCCUACCGCCAAGAGACCAGGUCCUACGACAAAGAAACCAAACCGAAAUAAUGACGUCCUGACGAUCGCUGAGACUACACGAGGACAAGAUCUAUGGGACCUGCCCCAUGCUUGUAACAUACUUGCCAACUCUCUUGGUGAAAUUUGCGCUGAGCUUCAGGAAACCGAAAAUCAAUUCAAACCGCUGUUGGGACGACAUGCUCUUCUAAAUGGGCUGAUGAAACAUUGGACUGAACCCAGACUGGACGGUCGGACUGGGACUGAUGCCCUGGGUGCGGGAGACAGCCAAGACGGAGACCUUUUAUUCCCUGAGCACACACGUGUGCGGUGUGGAAACACACGUCUGCAAUGUGGAGCCACGGGUAUGGAUAUCGACAACUUGUUGGACGGAGGGAACGACGGAGGGAACGACGGAGGGAACGACGGGGCAUGUGGCUCGGAGGGCGACGGAUGGGAGGAGGUAGACCAAAGUCCAUUCGGAAAGAACUUGGAGGAGGAUGAAGAGGAUUGUUCAGGGUUCGAUCGGGAAUUAACAAAUUUGGUGAACGAGUCAUUGGAUAUCGCUAAGUCCACCGCGCCUCGAAACCCGGGUAGCGCAUUGGCCGAGAUCCGACUACCACCAAAGGCCGCCCCUGCCGCCAUCCAACCCUCCGAUGACGGCACCGUCCCCUUUAAACUCGUCACACGAGCCAAGGGCAAGAGCACAUUCCGCGCUCUUCAGGCCCCUGCUGGUACUACCAUCGCCACCGCGCUCACCAGACAACUACCAGAAUCAAACACCGACUCCAAACUGGACCGAUCGGCACUAAAAAAGUUCGUCCUUGAGCGGGCCAUGAGCGAUGAUCCUUUGAUGGACUAUUCCUCACCGGCCGCUUCUACGGGCCAAUAUCGACCUCCCGAAGCGUCCCCGUUGACCCGGCAGCUUCUGUAUAGUAGUAGAGCUCAGCCGUCAUCUUCCAGCCGGAAGAAGUAUGGUGGCGGAUCAAAAAAGAAACUGAAGCCGAACAGGGUCAAAAACACACUCGUUUUACCUGCCGAAUCCGACUAG